UGAUCACCCCAACCACCUCGGCAUUGUGCAACAAGCAGCCGCGUCUGCAACACCUCGCAGGCAGACACGGCAGCUGCACUUCGCCCCACAUCCCAUUUCGCACGAUGGCGCCGCCCUCACCGGCCUUUGCGGCCGACUCUGACGGCGAUGAGGACUUUCUCAAGGCCGACAAGAAGGCCGCCCGCGCCGCCCGUUUCAACACGGUGCUCGUCGGCAACCGCUACAAGGAGCUGGAAGCCACUCGCGCACAGGAGCGUAAGGCCUUCCUCGAGCAAGGGUUAAUCUCGUCGGGGAAGACCACCUUGGGCUCUGCCGUCGACAUGCGGGGAACAUGUGAAGACAUGUGCCCAGAGUACGAACGAGAGUUUCGAGAGUACACCCGGGAGAUUCACCCAUUCGAAGCUCUGCCAAAUCGACGGAUGGAUCACUCCAAAGCCGUAGCGGCGUAUACCCGAUCAGAUGCCGGUGCUGGACAUGGUGACGCCGUCAAGUUACCAUCAGACCUGCGUACCCCUCAAGCCCUCGUGCGAUCACUCGACUAUCUUAUCGGCCAGAUCCUUCCGCUUCAGCCCGCCGUCAACCCUAAUGCGGUCAACCCACCACCACCAACGGAACGACGAGCUUUGGGCAACUCUGCAGGCUUUAUCCGCGACCGCACACGAGCCAUCCGCAAGGAGUUUGCGAUGCAGUCGAGCUGGGGCCACGACGAGGCGAUUGCAACUUUCGAGCGGAUAGCCCGAUGGCAUAUCCUCUGUCUGCGCGAACUGCAGGAGGAGACUGGAUCCAACACGGACAUGCACAUCGACUCGGCGGAGCUUGGACGAUGCUUUACGUCACUGAGACAACAGUACAACGACCGGCGAGAGGAGCUUGGCGUCGACACACCCUGCCCUAAUGAGCCAGAGUUUCGCGCCUAUAUGCUCAUUUUCGACCUCGCCAACAAGUCUGUCUCGAUCCCAACUGCCGAACUGCCCGCUGCUAUCUUGGACCACCCCCUUGUCAAGCUAGCAUGGCAGAUCCGGCAAGCUGCCCAGCGCAACUUUGACAUGCAGAAGGAAGGCUCCAAGCUCAAUGCUGAACUCGGAGCCAAUCUGUUGACACGGUUCGUUCGUCUCCUCAAGCAGGGCAAAGUGCCAUACCUCCUCUCCUGUCUCAUCGAGGUCCGGCUUCGCGACAUCCGCCGAAGUGCUCUCCGUGCCCUUGUCCGCUCCUACCCUCGUCUCAAGGCCGAGCCGAUUCGGUACAGUGAAUCGGGUGAGGUGCUGGAGCGCCGAAUGCUCUUAUUCGACACUAUGGACAUCCUCAUGGGUGCGGAGGAGCAGGAAGACGACGAACCUGCCUGGGAUGACAUUGUGCCAGUGUCCAAAAACCCCGACGACGAGUCUGCUGCCAUCGCCGAGCGGUUUGGUAUCGAGGUGUUCCAGGAUGUCGAGAUUGGUCCUGUCGGCGCGUUGGUUAACCUUGGUGCCAAGUUCAACGACAAUAAGGAUGCUCCGUUUACCCGCCGAUGGAAGCUCAUCACGGAGAAGAAGGGCGACGCCUCGUACUCGGACAUCAUCAACGGCAACGCCGGCAUUCAGAUUGACGGUACAGCUGCCCUUCGACCAGCUGUGAUGUCAGCGCCUCGACCGCGUCCCGUGUACAAGCCGUCGCCAGCUUUAGCCAAGGCCGCCCCGCAGCCGGCUGUACCUGGGAAAAGCAUCUUUGAGCGACCUGGAUCGUCAUCAUCAUCAUCGGCGGGCGCGUUCUCGUCGCAGAGUGCCUUUGGGAAAGGCCCGUUCGCAAAUGGCGGUCCCUCUGCGAACGGAGGUGGAAGUGCCUUUUCUACAUCGUCAACUACUGGCAGUGCCUUUGCGUCCACAAGUGCAGGCCUGUCGGCGUUCGGCAAGCCUCCCCAAACUUCUGCCUUCGCCCCCACGCCCAAGGCGCAGCCUUCAGCCUCUGCAUUCGCACCAGCUACACCACCACCACCAAAAGUAGCGCCACCAGAAGUGUCAACGACUCCAACUGUGCCGCCGCCGCCAAUACCUUCCUUCUUCAACAAGCCCGACCCGACGCCUCCCAAGCCCGCCGAUCCACAGCCAAAGCCAAUACCGUCCUUCUUUGACGCCGCACUCUCUGGUGUUUCAAAGCCGCCAACGUCGGAGCCCACCUCCAUUCCAUCCUUCUUCGACAAACCGGCACCGGCCGGGCCGUCAAAGGCGCCCCCAACGUUCUUUGCUUCUCAGACUACAACGCCAACUGCGAUUCCGCCGAAGCCGCCCUCGCCAAAGCUGCCUUCUCCACCCCGACCUCCACCUGUGCCGGUCAUCCCCCGAAUCAAGAUCUCGCAUGCUCAGAGGCGAGCAGCACCCUUCAUUCUCAGCCGGCAGCUCGUUGACGAGGUUGUGGAUCAAAUCCUCCAAUCUGUGGAGCCUGACCUGGCCAAGAUUGUCCAUCGACAGGAGGCUGCCAAGCAGCACCGAGAGUCGUUGGCGCAGCGCCAGGCGUUCAUCAAGAAGUGCUCCGCGCUAGUCUUUGACCGAUUGGUGGAAGAGGAGGUGACACGAGUGGCGAAACGAGUACAGUCCCUCGAGCUACGGGCACAGACACUCGCUCGAAAAAUUGCCCUUCACUGGCUGGAUUGGACCAGGCGAAAGGUCGAGCUUCAGGCCAAGAUGGAACAGGCCCGUGAACAGACGUUCUCAACCCUGCGAUCCAUGGGGUUGACUCGGUCGACUGCAUCGUUUGCAGGCGGAUCGAGGUUGACACUAUCCCCGGCGCCCUCACGUUCCACGCGGCGGGAGGAGGCAGAGGUCAACAUGGAACUGCGCCGUGCAGAGCGGAUCAAGAAUCAACUACAUGCCCCGUCCACCUUCCUGCACUCGAUCGCCCGACACGUUGCGCCGCUGCUGUCAGAGCAGACAGAUGAGGAGACACCUCUUUGGGAGACUGUCCUCCUCACUGCAGAGAAUUCUGGGUCACCAGCCAAUGAGGAAGCAAGGAAUUGGCUUGUUCGAAAGCUUACAAGUGGCCACGACCUGCACCGUGACGGAGUCGACUUUAUCACCACUGUAUCCGAGGCCGAUGGCGAGUUCCCUGGCUCAGUCGACACCGGGCUGUUCAUCCUGGAAGCGCCGACCACCGUCGACCAGAAGAUUCCGCGCAAUGUCAAUGUCGAUGACGCGCAGGACCGGUUGGAGGCAGCGAUCGGUGUUGCCAAGCAGCAAAGCCGCUACAAAUCAUCACUGCUCAUCCUGACCUGGGAGAGAGAGUCGCUCGACCAAGUUGUUCAACGCCUCGACAUCGGACCCCAAGUCGCUCAGUUUGACGCCGUUCAAGUUUUUAGCCUCGAUGGCGCUGAGGACUUGGACAACCGCUUUGGCGCGGUGGUGCGCAGCCUGGUGCCUCGAGACCCUCUCAAGGGACAAGUGGUGGUGCCGGUUAAACGCCUUGUCGCGAUCACCGAGCCGUCAUGGCAGCGACUCUAUGCCUUUGCUGAGCACGUGCUUGCCAAGUUUCCUACCGACACGGGACUUGUUACAAAGGCUUUGGCACUCACAGUGGACCUACUUCGGCAGCUCAUCGAUAUCAUCGACGGUGUUGUCGAGGAACUGCCCGUCAGCGACAACUCGAGCUACGCGCCACCAGAGCUCCAGCCGUUCCCAUCUAUCAAGGGCCGUGACCAUGUCGCCAUUGGUGAAGCAAUCGCAGAAUACCUGUCGCAACCGCCACUGAGCUUGGUUGACGACGUCGCUCUGGCCCUUGGCCCCCUGCGUCAGGCCACGGCGCAAGGACGACCACUUCCCAUUCUCCCCGUCCUGUCCGGGAUCGCCAAUUACGUCUUUGGCACCCUUACACUCCAACGCCUCCCGCUAGACCAAUGGCUGCCUGGCAACGAACCUGUCGAGGCGGUGGACAAACUGGCCAUCGACGUCCAAGACUCUUUUGGCAGUGCCACCGACCAGGCUGUGGAAGGCUUGGCUCGUGUCGCCAACGAGGCCCAGCUGGCGCUCGCCGCCGCGACACCGCUGCCGCCUACACCGACCAAGCGGUCUCCCACCAAAGGCAAGAAGCGACGAGCCGACGACGCGGCCGAUUCCAAGGUCGCCAAGAAUGCGCGCUUACUCCGCGCGCUGGCCGAGGCCAACGCGACACUCAAUCAACUCGACCCCAGCGCCAUCUCGGCCGUGUAGAUGUAGAUUAUCCGUGCCACUGGCACGAUGCAUUGCAGUAUGAGCA